ACAGUGCUUACCCGCUCAACAACUCUAGCUGUGCAACAUCAAACGGUUCAGUGUAUUUGUGGUUUUGUGGUUUUUCGUCAGUGACUGCUGCAGAUUUGCUUGUUGGAAGAACGUCUGGGUCUUUACGUGUUCUCGUUGUCCGUACAGAGGACAGCGUUGACCGGGUAGUCUUUGUCCGCACACUGUGCACCCCUUUUCCGCCGUGACAUUUGGAGGAAUCUCUCGACGUGGACAGUUGGCGUGUCCCGACCAGGAGUGACGGCGGAUCCGUCCUAUGAUUCAUCCGAAGCGCUAUUUUGAACUGGAUCGUUUUUUUUUUAAAUAAACUUUUUAACUUUCUGCAUUUCCACCUCAUCUCGGUAGCGGAAGACUGUCGGGACGGAAGAUGUCUGUGGCGGGUUUGAAGAAGCAGUUCUAUAAAGCCAGUCAGAUGGUUAGUGAGAAAGUCGGCGGCGCAGAAGGGACCAAACUAGACGAUGACUUCAGAGACUUGGAGCGGAAAGUAGAUGUGACCAGUAAGGCGGUUGCUGAGGUGAUCUCCAAAACGUCAGAGUACCUACAACCUAAUCCAGCAUCCCGAGCCAAACUGUCCAUGCUGAACACCAUGUCCAAGAUUCGCGGUCAAGUGAAGAACCCGGGCUACCCCCAGGCCGAGGGGCUGCUAGGAGAAUGCAUGGCCAAGUAUGGGAGGGAACUCGGGGAAGACACCAACUUUGGUGGAGCGUUGGUAGAUGUUGGAGAGUCCAUGAAGAGACUGGCAGAAGUGAAAGACUCCCUGGACAUCGAUGUGAAACAAAACUUUAUUGAUCCUUUACAAGGACUCUGUGACAAAGACCUCCGAGAGAUUCAGCAUCAUCUGAAGAAGCUGGAAGGCCGUCGGCUGGAUUACGACUACAAAAAGAAACGCCAGGGCAAAAUCCCGGACGAGGAGAUCCGACAGGCCUUGGAGAAAUUUCACGAGUCGAAGGACGUGGCUGAGACGAGCAUGUACAACCUGCUGGAGACCGACAUCGAACAGGUGAGCCAGCUCUCAGCUCUGGUGGACUCCCAGCUGCAGUACCACCGACAAGCCGUGCAGGUGCUGGAGGAGCUGUCUGACAAACUGAGGGAGCGAAUGAAUGAAGCUCAAUCGCGACCGAGACGGGAAUACACGCCAAAACCCAAACCUAUCUUUGACUUUGGAGACAACAGUCACUCAAACGGAGGCUACCCGACUACGAUGGCUCCUCCCCCUUCACGUAACCCAGCCCCCCCCGAGCAGCCGAGCUGCAAGGCACUGUACGACUUUGAGCCGGAGAACGAGGGCGAGCUGGGCUUCCACGAGGGGGACGUCAUCACCCUGACCAACCAGAUCGAUGAGAACUGGUAUGAGGGCAUGCUGAACGGCCAGUCCGGGUUCUUCCCUCUGAACUACGUGGAGGUUCUGGUGCCGCUGCCACACUAAUACAGACACAAGGCCAUUGGGGGGGGUCAGACGGGGUGGGGGAAGGAGGAUCAGGCAGGUUCCAUUUUCACCUUCAGGCCCAUCGUCAGGAAGACAUUAUUUUUAGGACUGAUGACACAUAAGCAAUAAUGUUGGUUUAUAGAUGCAUCUAAAUUAUUAUCACUGCAGUUGUUGAGGGGACAUCAGCAUGCCCCCCUCCCCUAAUGCUGUGGGUAAAAUGCCACCAUUCAGCAGGAGAAGUGAAAGGUUCAUUGCAGUUUUUCUUCCUCCCGUGGAUGGAAGUGUGCUCCUAGAUGCCACCUUGUGGCAUGCCUGGGAACUGCCGUCCCCUCAACAAAAAUCUGGAUUUGAUUUGUUGGACUAAUUGUAAAAAACAGAAAAAUUGAAACCACAUCCUCAUGGAAAAAACUGGCCCCAAAUGUUAGUAGGACUUUGACGGCAGACCGUCAGCUUCCCUGUUGGAGUCCCUUCAGCCUGAAUGGGGGGGGGGGGGGGGGGGGGGGCUGUUCCUCAGAGCAGACAGACAGACAUGCAGAUGUUGCACGUUUUGGUAACUGGUUGAAGCCGGUUCUCGUUACCCAUAAACACAGGGAGUAGUAACUGUUACUCUGCUCAGUAAAGGAUGUGGAGCCAAAAACGCAAUAGAAUCGCUUCAGCACGCGUUUGGUCAGGUGCUAACAGCCAUAUUUUCGUUUUGGCGUGUUUCUAGAGACCGCCUUAACAUAGUCCCUUCAGAGAGGAUGCUGCUGGCAGCAAAUCUUUAAGUUUGUCUCUGACUGCCGUUUUAUUGUUUAACCUCACAACCGAAAGUCUGUGAAACUCCGCCCACCUCAGCCUAACUCUGAACCCGGUUCGUUGAUUCUUGUCUUGUUUUGCGACUGAUGGCCGCAGCGGUUUGGCUGCUCAGACGAGGCCGGCUCCUCGUUCUGGACUGCAUUCACAGACGGCUCGACUGAGAAGGAAAACCUCUUUUUCAGAACACUAUCCUUUCAGUCUAGAAGAUUCCAGAGGGUUGUGGAGAGACGAUGACAGUUUAUCCGUUUUCUGUGACUGUUACCCCUCCCCUGUUUGAAAUGUUUACGCCCCUGAGCGCCGCGUGGGUUAGUCGACGGGUGAAGACGAGCUUCGAGGAAGCGCCGUCGGAAAAGCCAACCCCAUUACCGCGGCUGCCUGCACUUUCCGGUGUCACAGUUGGAGCAUAUUUCUACUUCCUGGACGACACUAGAGGCAGAUCCUGGAUCUGAUGAUCACCUGAGUCUUAAACAGAGCUUUAGGUUUACGUUUUCUCUGUAAAGAAAUCCAGAUGUGGUUUUUAAAUGUUUGUAUUUUAGUCUUACUCUCCUUUAUAACAUGAAAUCACUAUGGCUCUCUAGAGUAUUUUUAUAUACAACACUUUACAACCAUCAGAUUAACCUUUGCAUGUGGUCCUAUAAGAAACUCUAAAGUGUUUUUUGUUAGAUAUAAGUUGCCUGUUUACUUUUGCUAUGAAAACUAUAUUUAACUGCAAUAUUUUGCCUUUUAUUAUCACAGUAUUUGUUCGUGCUUCCUCCGUCUUCUUUGUGUUACAAAUUCUUACAAAUAAAACAAAACUCGAGACUUUC